UUCCGGUUUCUCAACAAAUUGUAAACAUUGGCCAUGUGGAACUUGACAUAAGAGUUCCACGCUUGUCAUCUGCGUUAUUUGUCCAUAUUUUUUACCAUGUCGUCUAGAGCAUUGCGCAAACUUCAUGGUAAACAAGAAUUAGAAGUUCCGUCUGUUGAUGAUGAGUUAGACGAGGAAGAAUGUACCGAGAAAACCCAGACUGCUGUUGUAAACCCUUUUGCACUGCUUGGAGAUGAUGAGGAAGAAGAAGACAUUGAAGAAACAAAUGAUAUAGAAAAUGUUGUUCCUAAAGACAUUCAGCAACAAGGUGCUAGAAAAAAAAAGAAGAAAAAGAAAAAGAAGAACAAAGAAAAAAUAGAAGAGAAAGUUAAAAAUGGUGAAAACAUGGAUGACAUUGAUGCAUCACUACAGGAAGUUGAAAGAAUUCUGGGAGAAAGCAAAAGUACACACAUACAAGACACUGAGCAGUCAACUGUAACAUCAAGCAUGAAAGCCUUAUUGACUGUAGAACACAAGAAUUUGAACCCAGAUAAUGAAAUGAAAAGAAUUUUUGGUUCAAGAGUUGUACAAGCUGAAAUGAGUAGACGACAACCAAGAAAUGCUCGAGCUAGAAAGAGGGCAACUUGGAUGUCAACUCCAAAAGAUACUUGGCCGCCAAUUGGUAAAAUAGGAUUAUCAAUGACCUUAAAAGAAACAAGAAAUGGUGUUCAGUAUUAUAUAUUUGAACACAGUAAAGACUACCAAAAAAUUCAGUUCCAGUUUUAUGAGGCUGUUGAAUCUCUAAACCCACAGAAUAUUGCAAAUAUUAUACAAAUACAAGGUUACCAUAUAGAUGCCUUAAUAGCUUUGAGUGAUGUGUUUCGUAUGAAUGAAGAUAUGCAGAUGUCAGCUGAAUUAAUAGAGAGAGCUUUACAUUCAUUUGAAACCUCCUUCCAUCCACUGUUUAGUUUAACAACAGGAAACUGUAGAUUAGAAUUUAAAAUAGCAGAAAAUAGACCUUUCUACCUGACACUUUUUAAACAUUUAACCUAUGUAGGACAAAGAGGUUGUUACAGGACAGCGUUAGAAUUCUGUAAAUUAUUGCUCAGUUUAGAUCCAGACAAUGACCCUAUGUGUGUAUUAUUAAUGAUAGAUUUUUAUGCUCUGAGAUCUGAAGAAUUUGCAUUUCUUAUCAGAUUAUUUAAUGAAUGGGAGGGCCACAGAAAUUUAUCCCAGUUGCCAAACUUUGCUUUUUCGCUACCAUUAGCAAUGUUUUGUCAGGCAGAUAAAAAUGGAGAAGAUACAACUCCUGCAGAUAAUCUGCUCCAGAAAUCACUGAUGAUGUUUCCUGGUUUUCUGAUGCCAUUGUUAGAUAACUGUAGUGUUAACCCUGAUUCUGAAGUCUCUAGUCACAGUUUCUUUAGUCCGACAGCUCAGUAUAGCCAAUCAGAUGCUCUGAAACAAUUAAUAUCUUUAUAUGUUGGACGCUGCCAUUCAUGCUGGAAACCACCAGAGGUUUUACAGUGGUUAGAAAGAAAUGUGAAGGUUGUAUUACAAAGAGUUAAUGAUAAAGAUCCUCUUGUGGAGGAAUACAGUAAGAAAAGGAAAACACGAUAUCAAGGAACACCAAGAAACAUUUUACGUCAUAUAUUGUUAUCCGAAAUCAAAGAUGCUACGGCUGCUCUUCCACAGGAUUUGGCUAAUACAACUCUGGUCAGCUAUGAUCCAUUACCUCCAACAGAUUCCAUAGCUGCCUAUCAGUCACCACAAAGGACGAGAAGAAUAAACCAAGAAAGUAACACAUUAUCCAACUUUUUUAGAUCACUGUUGCCUAAUUUUAACCUUGAUGAGCCUGCACCAGCACCACAGCCUCAGGGGGCAGAGGGUGGGGCACAAAAUCUCCGACAAGGUAUGGUGGUAUUAAUGGGUGCAAUGAGAGACUUACUCAAUAACAUCAGACCUGUAGAACAUCCAUUUGAAAAUCCUCAGAAUGAAGGGGAUAAUCAAAAUAAUGACGAGGAAGGGGAUGAUGCUCAGGAUGAAGAAUGGGACUGAAAGAUUCUUAUUGUUUCUUCUGUGUAAUAAUGAUAUAACAGCAACUACUGCAAUGGAUACUAUUUUGAAAUUAAAGAAUUUACACUUUUGUAUUUGUAAGAUGUAAAGUCGCAAAAGUUAACACUGCUGUUUGUUCUGUAACAAAUUUAGGACAUACACACAAGAUUCAUGAUGGUUCAGUGUCAUGUAAAAAAAAAAUUGUAUCAUGUAAGCAACUAAACUAACUUCAAUAUUUGUUGAUCUGAUUUAUACCAAGUAUACUCAAAUCAUUUUUUAGAUUUUACCCCAAGAACUAAAAAGUGUGUUUUGUAAUGAAAUUUUUAAAAUCAUGAAAAUAGAAGAAACCAUGUAAUAUAAAAUAAAUAAUUGUUUUAUAUCUCUUAUGUUUUAAUGGGUUAAUCAAAGCUAACAGAGAAAGAGGAAAUUAAAGCAAGUUAAGUCUUCUCAUUUAUUUCAUGUUUUAACUCAUUGAUCUUAAAAAUAUUCAAUAAGAUAGGUUUGACAUUUACGAUUUAAGCGUUCUGCCCUUUUAUCAUAUUUAAAAUAAAGAUUUUUAAUAUGGAGGUUUUCUCUGAUGAAUUACUACUUGACAUUAAGUAUUUAGAAUAUAUUCAGUACACAAUUGUAAUGUCAUUGAUAAAAAUAAUGCAGAUCAAUAUCAAUUUUGGGAAACGACUUGAUAUAUUUCAACCAACCUUGUACAGAUUCUUCUACUGACCAGAAUAUCUACACCUGCUAUUUUAUUUUUGAUCAGAGUGAUAUUAGGGUUGUCCAUACCAAACAAUUUCUUCUAAUAUUAUUUGGAGAAAGCAGGAUAUAUAGGUCUUCCUCUGAAGAAGUGGAAGACUCAUUUAUUUUUCUAAUGGAGUUUUCUUCAAUUUAUGAAUGAAAUGACAUUUUUUGGGGACCAGUAAGUUAAUUCUUAACUAAUUAUCUAUAUUUAAAGCAUAAAAAUUAUUAAUGCAUGCAUGAGAGGAUUAUAAUAUUCCACAAAUAGUGGUGAUAUCUAUUGAUGAAGAUUAAUCAAUGAAAGUGUUUUGACAAAUCAAAACAAAAUUUUAAGUACAGGUAUGUUUUUUUUUCUUUUAGUGGCUUAGUAAUCAAGAAAAAAACUGUUUCUGCAUGUCAUACUGCCUCAGUGUAGGUUAGGGUAACCUUAAUUUGAAAUAUUUCCUUUUUUCCACAAAUUUUUCACUAUUUGCUCCGAGUUUUAUUUCACAUAUUUAAACAUGAGUUUUCAUAUUUAACUUUCAAAAUUUAACAUAUCAUUUCUAAAAUAUUGAAUGAUAAUCUAAAAGUUAUGGCUCUAAGAAGAACAACAAAAAUCUGUUGAUUAUUUGAGAUUCAUUAAUAUUAACAAAUUAAGAUAAUAAACGCUAUAUUAUUCAUACCAUUGAUACCAAUGUUAAGUUUUUAAACCUUUAAACUAAAAGAGGAAGAUCUGAAAAUAAACUUUUGACAUACAGGAGUUUUGCCAUGAUAGCUUUUACAUCUGUAAUUAACUAAUGUACUGAGUUAAAAAAAGUUAAACAACAAAUAUUUUUAAUUUUUAUACGACUGCAAAAAAAUUUGUGGUCGUAUAUUGGUAUCACGUCGUUGUAUUGCACAAAAGCAAAAAAUUAAAUAUAAAUUCAAAUCAUAUAACCAAUUCUAAGUUCUUUGACUACAGUUAUUCUGUGUCAGAAACCUAUUAUGUGUCAAAUAUCAGAGGCAGAUUUAGGGGGGGGAUGGGGGCCAGGGGGCCUGGGCCCCCCCUUUUGCAGGAAAAAUUAUGGUUGAUUAUAUAGGGAAUCACUGAAGCGUGACUGGAGCGGGCCCCAUCUUAGGCAGUCAGUGGGCCCCCUCUUAUAAAAAUUUCUGGAUCCGCCACUGAAUAUUUAAUUACAAUCCAAAUUCAGACCUGUAUCAAGUGCGAAUAUUGUGUCCAUUUUUGCCCCAACUGUUCAGGGUUGGACCUCUGCGGUCAUAUCCAGCUGUGCUCGGCGAAGCAAUUUAUUAUAUUUUAUAUUUAAAAAAUAAAUUAUAUUUAUAAACAUAACAAUAAAAUAAAUGAUAGUAUCAAAGAAAAUAAACCAUAAGGUGCGAUUUUAUUCAAACAAAAACUUUUUUAAUUUAAAGUUUUUUUAAUGGAAAUAUAUGUUGCUGAACUUUAUUUACCCAGUAUACAUACUAAGCAUUUUACUGUUAUACUAUAGUUGGUAAUUGUUACAGGGAGUUUUAUUUACAUUAGAUUAAUGUUCCUCAGAUACGAAUAGUAUUUAUUUACAUUGAAUAAAGGUUACAUAACAAGA